AUGACUUCAAACUAUCAAAAGCCGAUAGUGCUUUUUGUUCCAGGCGCAUGGCAUGCGCCUGUCCAUUACCGGCUUCUCAUCAAAGCUAUUCAGGCUGAAGGUUUCACUGUCCUGGCGCCUACUCUUGCGAGCUCCGGCUACGAUGACUCCAUCGACGGAAUGGCACUCGAAGAUGACGUCAAGAGAAUCCACGACAUGGUGAUGCCCUAUCUUGACAACGGGAGAAAGGUAAUCGCCGUGGGGCACAGUUAUGGAUCAGUGCCUCUCCAAAUCGCCGUCAACGGCCAUACUGUUGCUGAGAGGGAAGAGAGGGGUCUUCAAGGUGGUUUCGUUUCGACCGUUUUUAUUGCCCCCACACCAGUCUUGCAGAAGGAUAUCUCGAUGUAUGAAGCUGUUGGCGGAAAGUACACCAGUGAUUGGUUUCACGACGUGUCUGAUACUCGUCUUCCCCUAAAGGCUGCUGAAAAGCUCAAGGAUGCUUUCUUCUCCGAUAUCGAGCAAAGCCUUGCAGAUGAGAUUAUCCCCACUCUCUGCCACCAGAGCAAAGGCCCGUUUGAAGUCACUGUCGUUUGCACCCCGGCGGAUCUCAACAUACCCAAGACGGUGGUGCUCUGCAAGAACGACACUAUUUUCACGAAAGAUAUCCUGGCAUUUGUUGCUGACAAAUGGGGUGCAACUGUCGUAGAGAUCGAGUCUGGCCACAGCCCGCACUUGGUUGACGAGCAUCGGAAGUGGAUAGCUGAGUUUAUUUCCCGAGAGGCAAAGAAAUUGUCAGAUUCAGAGUCAGGGUCGUAG